GUUUAUUAGUGUUUGUGUGAUAUAUUAUAAAAGGAAACAAACGUGUGAAGACUUUCCGCUUCCCAUAUCGUCGCCGUGGCCUCUGCCGCUUUCCGGUGAUUCUUCUCGGCCAUCUCUCGAGUUCUAUAAAUCCGGAUCUCAAGAACCCUAAUGAUCUCGGGAUCCCAUUGAGAAGGCCUCGAAUCUUGUGAUCCCCGCCGGAUUUGCAGGUGGCGACGGUUAGAUCUUGCUUCGACUUGGACUCCGUUGGAUUAGAUCUGGUUUCGACCGCCUCCAUUCUGCGACGAGCGCGGUCGAAGCUAAGCUAGGUGAAUCUUGAUCUGGAAUCUUGGUCUGGUGUUGUUGAUACCACAACAAGAGAUUUGAUUUCUGGAACUAUUGGCCGUCUAUAGGCCAAUUAACAAGAGGGGUUACAUUUGAGAUGCCAAAGAACGGGAUGAUAGAAUGCAGUUACUGUCACUCCAAAUUUGUUUCACCAAGCCCCAGAUCUGUAUCAAGGGCAUAUGAUAAACAUAGAAGUAAUGUGUCAUCAAAAUAUCGUGCUCUCAACUUCCUUCUUGUUGUGGGUGAUUGUAUCUUGGUCGGUCUCCAGCCUAUACUAGUCUAUAUGUGCAAGGUGGAUGGCAAGUUCAAGUUUAGUCCUAUCAGUGUGAACUUUUUAACAGAAGUUGCAAAAGUCCUGUUUGCCAUCAUUAUGUUGUUAUUCCAGGCUAGACAACAAAAAGUUGGAGAGAAACCCCUUCUAUCAAUUGCCACAUUUGCACAGGCUGCUCGGAAUAAUGUCCUUCUAGCCAUUCCUGCUCUUCUAUAUGCAAUCAAUAACUACUUAAAGUUUAUCAUGCAGUUAUAUUUUAAUCCUGCAACUGUGAAGAUGUUGAGCAAUCUGAAGGUUUUGGUGAUUGCUGUUCUUCUAAAGAUUAUAAUGAGAAGGCGUUUUUCUAUAAUUCAGUGGGAGGCUCUUGCGCUCUUGCUAAUUGGGGUAAGCAUAAAUCAGCUUCAAUCAUCGCCUGAGAGUUCAACUGCAUUGGUUCUUCCAAUUACAAUGGUUGCUUAUGUAUAUACACUAAUUUUUGUUACUGUUCCAUCAAUGGCCUCUGUCUAUAAUGAAUAUGCUUUGAAAAGCCAGUUUGAGACAAGCAUCUAUCUUCAGAACUUAUUUUUGUAUGGUUACGGUGCAAUAUUCAACUUUUUGGGUAUUCUAGGAACUGCCAUUUUCCAAGGGCCUAGGAGCUUCAAUAUCCUUGAAGGCCACUCGAAGGCAACAAUGUUUCUGAUAUGCAACAAUGCAGCACAGGGCAUACUUUCAUCAUUCUUUUUUAAAUAUGCUGACACAAUCUUGAAGAAGUAUUCAUCUACUGUUGCGACAAUUUUUACCGGCAUCGCUUCCGCUGCAUUAUUUGGUCAUACAUUGACCAUGAACUUUAUCUUGGGGAUUUCCAUAGUCUUUGUAUCUAUGCACCAGUUCUUCUCUCCCAUUGCCAAAGUCAAAGAUGAGACACCAGUUGGAAAAUUAGAAAUGAUGGAAACUGAACAUCCCAGGUCAAAGGAAGCUUCUUUCUUAAACAUGACUGCUGGUGCUGCUGAAGAUGCCAGCCACCACAUUGGACAUGAUGAGAGACAACCACUUUUGCCCAUUUAAUUUAAGUUUGAGGUAUAGCUGGACAAGUCUUCUUAUUGACAGCAUACAGUUGAAACACUAUCUGGGUAUAACAAUUUUCAGAAAAGUGAAAAGCCAGAAACAAAUUUUGUUUUGGCUGGGCGAGCUCCAGACGAGUAAAAGGUCGCAGUCGUAGCUUAAAAGUACAGAAGAAUGAAACGGAAAAAAUUGAGAUGGUGUAUCCAAACAUCCGCUGGUGGUGUAAUUCAAGAAAUGGACUUUGAUACCAUUUAUUAUAAUUUCUUUUGUCUUGUCUUUCUAUAUUACAUUUGGCUAUUAGGCAUUCUGAUACCUGUUGUCUUCAUCUUUAUUCAUGUAAAAUGAUAUUUUCCUAUUCUUUUAAUUGGUUAAUAAAUCCUUUUACACAG